AAUAGUGCCAGCUGCCAGGAUUCAGUCGUGUCGCUAAAGUUCGGGGACCCUCGACGCACUUCGGACACGCUCGUCGAAAGCAAAAUGUCGUCUGCUAGGCGCGUCGUCAGACCGAACCGGGUCGUAUUUCUAACGCGAAAAUCGCUAUGAUAAGUGAUAAUGCGAUGUCUCUGCGCGCGAACACGUAGUGUUUUCUGUUGGAAGGUGCAUCGGAAAUCGCAGAAAGAUAUUCUUCGGAUCGGGUUGCAAGGUUGCUGACGAAAGAAAUUCAACAGGAAUACCGGUGAACAUUGAUUUUUCCUGGUUUCGCAUCGGAGACGACAGAUGAUCGAACGAAUGUUUCCGGAAGGGAACGCCGGCAUAGACGACAGAAGAGAGGGCGGUAGUAGAGCACGGUCGCGGUAUUUCGACAAGUGAAAAACACCGAGGAAUCCGUGGAUCGUGGCAAAGGUCUUGGAAACGCACAACAACGACGGGAAUUCGAGGCCGCCGCGGCGGGCUGAGGUCGGGCCUGACCUAACCAAGUUUUCAGCCGUGCGUCUAACCUGACCUAAGCGCCGCUCACGAGCAAGAUACGAAGCACCGCUCGAUUAUCGGCGUGCAGGAAGCACGUUAGUCGUUGCUACCAGGCGCCCGGCCGCCUGUUCCGCCCGCUACCCGACGUUCAAAUCAUCGCAAUCCAUCGCGAAAAGCAGACGGGCCGAGAACAUCGUACGCUAGCUUUCCCUGUUCGUCGUCGCCUCCUUCCCACCAUCUCUUCCUUCCGUUCGUUCCGGCGCGCGGUUCGUGCACUUGUACGCGCUAGAAGCUACCGCGCACACGUACCCUACACAACACAGUCCCGGUGUCUCGGAAACGGUAAAUAAACGCGCGGCAUGCCGGAUUCGAUUUCCACGUGUUCCCUGUCCCGUUGAAUCAUUGCCACGAACAAGGGUAGAACGAAACCGUCGCGGGUAGGGAAGGUGAACGCGGGUCGUGUGUCGGUUCCGGUCUUUUACCGAACGAACAAGGCUGCAGAGGAUGUCGCGUACGAUAGCACGUGCAAAGUCGCCAGCUGCCCGCUGUCGAUAACUUCGACCGAGCUUCGUACUCGGUGCAACGCUACCCGCGAACCUUGUCGAACGAAGACGACCCGAGACGAGACGAGACGAGACGAGACGGGACGAGACGGGACGAGACACGACGACGCGUCGCCCCUGGGCUCUCUGUGCCGCGGGUUGUGAAAUCGCAUUUAGUGGUUGGUGAUACAGUGCGAGGAGAGCAGUUGCUUGAAUAUGGUGUAAGGAAACGGAAGAAGGAAACGGGAGUGUCCGCAGCCAACCACGUUUCAGAUAAUGGAGUUCGAGCUGGACGGAAGCCUGAAGGAAUGGGUAAAGGACAAGCCACUGAGUAUCCUGCAGCUAGAUCCCGCCGACAGAGCAGUAUUACGGAUCGCCGUGGAACGCGCGUCGACCAGCCUCGACGAAAAGAAACGAGAGUCCGAGGUGUAGACAAGAUUAAACGAAGGAUCAUCGACCGUUUCGAGAUCGAAUCGUCAUCGAAGCUUCCGAAAGGGACGAGUGGACUGCUCGACUCGAUGUGCCAUAUAUCGAAACCGAUCCUCACGAACGCAUAACACGAAAUAACGACGGUGAACCGUAUAUAUCGCUCCGCGAAAUAGUGAAUACCCGAACAUCAAACGACCGCAUCGAACCGAGGAAAGAGUGUCGCUCGCGUGUGUACAGUUCCGAAUCGAACUACCCAACGAAAACAGGAAGACAGUGUAUCCGGAAACGCGCAGCACGUGUUCGUGCGUCGCGGAAAUCCGCGGGAGGGACCGGAACCAGCGAACGUCGCGGUGUGCUCUGCGAAAAUCGAAGCUCGGGGAAUCGAAACGUUCACCGAUGAUCGUCGACGGCUCGCCGGUCUCUUGUUCGGUCUCAACAAUAAGCAUCGAUUCGAUUUGAAUCGUUGAUCACCAAGCUACCAAGGAAUAAAGAGAGCAAAGGAGAAUCGCGGAGGUGGAAGAGAACUAAGCGAGAAACACGAGAUGUCCACGCAGGCCUAUUACAGGGACAGGCUCGGCUUCGAUCCGGUCGACGCCGUCGCCGAGCUUCACCGGGAGCAGGGCUCGCAGCGAGGAUACGAGGAGUCCCUGUCCAAGUUCAAAGGUCAGAGCGAACACGGAUUUACCUGGUGGACGAUGGAACGCCAGGAUAACUGGCGCGCGAACGGCCCCGACCCAGAACAUCGGUCCGGCAGCUCGCAGGGUUUCUGGGGUUGCUGGGCGAUGUUCAUCGAGGCGCACGACGAACGAGACGCGAUCCAAAAGAAAACAUUUACCAAAUGGGUGAACAAGCAUCUGAAAAAGCAUUGGAAGUAUGUGAAGACUUACACGUGUCUGCACGUGUGCGUCCUUGUGAACAACCAGCCGUGCUGUUCCCCCACUGCCAGCAGACAUGUCGGAGAUUUGUUCGAGGACCUGCGGGACGGGCACAACCUCAUUUCCUUGCUGGAGGUUCUCUCGGGCGAGCAUCUCCCGCGGGAGAGGGGUCGGAUGCGUUUCCACAUGCUGCAAAACGUGCAAAUGGCCCUUGACUUCCUACGAUACAAGAAGAUCAAGCUGGUGAACAUACGCGCCGAGGAUAUCGUCGACGGUAAUCCGAAGCUCACCCUGGGAUUGAUAUGGACCAUCAUACUGCACUUCCAGAUAUCGGACAUAGUAGUGGGUCAAGAACCAAACGUGACAGCCCGCGAGGCGCUGCUGAGAUGGGCGAGACGAUCGACAGCGCGUUAUCCUGGCGUACGCGUGACCGAUUUCACCGGGUCCUGGAGGGAUGGUCUGGCGUUCAGCGCGCUGAUACACAGGAACAGGCCAGACCUGGUCGAUUGGAGAGGCGCUCGUACCAGUCAACCGCGAGAGCGGCUCGACCGGGUCUUCCACGUCGCGGAGCGCGAGUAUGGCGUUACGAGGCUUCUCGAUCCCGAAGAUGUGGACACUCCAGAGCCGGACGAGAAGUCCUUGAUAACGUACAUUUCUUCGCUCUACGACGUGUUCCCGGAGCCGCCAGCGAUCCAUCCUCUGUACGACGCCGACGCUCAAAGGCGAUCCGCCGAGUACCGUGAGCUGACCAGCUCCCUCCACCAAUGGAUCCGCGAGAAGAUGAGCCUGAUGCAGGAACGGGCGUUCCCGCCGACCCUGAUCGAGAUGAAGAAACUCGCCGCCGACAGCGCGAAGUUCAAGAACGAGGAGGUGCCGCCUCGUUAUCGGGACAAACAGAGGCUGUCCCACAUAUUCAGGGAUUUGCAGAAGUACUUCGAGGCUGUCGGCGAAGUGGACAUGGAGCCCGAGUUGCACAUCGACGUUAUAGAGAAGAACUGGAACCGUUUGAUGAUGCUGCAUCAGGAAAGAGAGCAGGCGAUCAUAGACGAAAUUAAACGACUCGAACGACUGCAACGACUAGCCGAGAAAGUUCACAGGGAGAUGAAGACGACCGACAACCGUUUGGAGGAGCUUGAGAGACGCGUGGAGGACGAAGCGAGACGGCUCGAUCGGCUUCAUCCCCUUGAGGCGAAACACGCCGGGGACCUUCUCGAGCAGGACAUACGAAACACUGAGAUACAGAUUCAGAAUAUCUUCACGGACGUGCACACCCUUACAGAAGGGCGAUACAGUCAAGCGGCCGAGCUUCAUAAAAGAGUUCAGAAGCUGCACCAACGAUGGGUCGCGCUGCGAUCCCUUCUCCACAAACGCUUGGUGCAGCCACUGGCGGCCGUGUCUUUCCCGGUAGAGGAGCGUGUGGUCACCAAGCAUCGUACGACCGUCCACGAAACACGACUGGUCGACACCAAUCCUCAUUUCCGCGCGUUGCACGAUUGCAUCGACUGGUGCAAGGCUAAGAUCAAGCAGCUCCAGGACGCGGAUUAUGGUUCAGACUUGCCGGGCGUGCAGAAUGAGCUGGACGUUCAUCAGAGAGAACACAAGAACAUUGAACAGUUCCAUCCCAAAGUGGACAGAUGCGUGCAGGCCAAGAACCACUUCCAUGGAGAGGAGUUGACGUUGUAUAGCCAGCAUUUAGCUGUUCUCCAGAAACUCUACUCGGAAUUGUUGUCUGCCUCUAAUAAGAGGCUAUCAGAUUUGGACACGUUGCAUGAUUUCAUUCAGUCAGCUACUGGCGAGCUAGUCUGGUUGAGCUCCAAAGAGGAGAUAGAGGUAACCAGGGACUGGAGUGACAAGAGCAGAACUUUGCAAUCCAUCGAGCAGUAUUACGAGCGUACAUAUGGAUCCGGUUUGGAGUCCCUGAUGAGCGAUCUGGAGAAACGAGAGAUCCAAUUCUCUGCGGUCCAAGACCGCGGCGAGGCUUUGGUUCUUCAGCAUCAUCCUGCUGCGAAGACCAUCGAAGCGUACAUGUCUGCAAUGCAGAGUCAGUGGGCCUGGCUGCUUCAGUUGACCCUCUGUUUGGAGGUGCAUCUGAAGCACGCCGCCCAGAGCCAACAAUUCUUCCGGGACAUCCAGCAAGCGGAACAGUGGAUCUCUAAACGAGACGAAACCUUGAACACCAUUUAUUCCCAAUCCGAUUUCUUCCUGGAUGAGGGUGAACGUCUGCUGAAAGGUAUGCAAGAGCUUCGCGAAGAGUUGAACAGCUACGGUGACCACGUGCAGAAGCUGGUUGAACAGGCGAAGGACGUAGUACCCAUGAAGCAGCGCCGGCAGCCCGUGACUCGACCGAUGCAGGUCACCUGUGUGUGCAGCUACAAGCAAGUGAACAUGUCAAUCGAGAAAGGAGAACAAUGCACCUUAUAUGACAACUCCGGACGUAUAAAGUGGCGCGUGAAGAACCAGGAGGGCGUGGAAUCGCCGGUGCCCGGCGUAUGCUUCGCUCUCCAGCCACCGGACAAAGAGGCACUGGACGCAGCGGAGAGAUUGCGACGGCAGUACGACAGAAGCGUCGCGCUUUGGCAACGUAAACAGUUGCGAUUGAGACAGAACAUGAUAUUCGCGACAAUUAAAGUAGUGAAAGGCUGGGAUCUGCCGCAGUUCUUGGCCAUGGGCCAGGAUCAGCGAACAGCCAUUAGAAAAGCUUUGAAUGAGGACGCUGAGAAAUUGCUGUCCGAGGGAGACCCGGCUGAUCCUCAACUGAGGCGGCUGAAGAGAGAAAUGGCUGACGUGAACAAGCUGUUCGAUGAGCUGGAGAAACGAGCUAGAGCGGAGGAGGAGUCAAAGAACGCGGGACGCAUCUUCAACGAGCAAGUGUCUGCUUUGCAGCAAGCACUGGACGAAGCUGAAAGAAUUCUAAAUACACGCAUAGUCGCGCCACUACCUAGAGACCUAGACAGCCUUGAACAUUUAGUGCUGCAGCACAAGGACUAUGAGCAGAGCCUUCGUCGAUUGGCACCCGACCUCGACAGGGUUCAACAAACAUUCAGAGGCAUCACCCUGAAGACCCCCGCCAUGAGGAACAAACUGGAUGCGGUGACCACCAAGUGGAAUCACAUCUGGAACGUCAGCAAUCUAUACGUGGAACGGCUCAAGUGCAUUGAAAUCUUGUUGUCUAGUCUGGAAGAGAAUACCAACAUAAUCUCCGAGUUUGAGGUGAAGCUAGCCUCGUUUGACGAGCUGCCAUCCGACAUCAAAGGUCUGCAAAACGUAUUGGAGGACCUGAGGAUUCUCCAGAACGCGAUUUCUCAGCAACAGAGUGCGAUGGAUCAGCUAAACGAAGACGCGCACAACACCAGGCGUCUUGUAGAAAAGUCGAGGCCCAGCCAUCGCGGUCCUCACACGGACAUGGACAGGCUGGACGCCGAAGUGAACCGAUUGAACGCUAGAUGGACGAACGUGUGCAGCCAAUUGGUGGACAGAAUGCGCAGCGCGGAGGCGGCCUACAGUUUAGCUCAGCAAAUGGAGCACGCUUAUCGCAACGAAGUCGACUUUGUCGACGAGUCGUACGGUAAACUGGAGGUGGAGAACGCGAAGAAUCUACUGAACAGAGUGGUGGAACGCGCGCCGGCGAUCGAGGCGGUAAACGUGACCGGCGGUCGCUUGAUCCGCGAGGGAAAGAUCUACGGUCAGAGGCUUCGAGCGUUCAAGGAACAGUUGGAAGAUCUAUGCCCGUCGCUGGACGCGUCCGUCAAGAAACCACGACGGGAGUACGCGUCGACUACGGACGACGUCGCCAGGGACCUGGACAACCUGAACAGGAAGUACACCACCCUGGUGAACAUACUGCAAGACCGGGUCAGCCAGAUGGCCGCGCUGCAUCCCGAGGACGCUUCUCUGCAGCGUGCUCUUCAGGAGCAAAGGCCGCUGAGAACGUUCCGCACUGAGUUCAACAUCUACGAGAGCAGCAGCUGCGAGGAACGGUACACAUCCACGACAACCCACUACACGCAGUCUCAGUACAGCCUAGAGCGCCACGAAAGGACAGAGCGCACCGAGCGAACCGAGACGAUCCUCUCGGACACGGUGCGCCGUUCCAGUUCGCAGGAGGGCUCGCGUCUGGUCCAGGAUGGCAGCCCCACAGCGCUGCACUCCGACAGGGAUCAUCAGGAUCUCGAGAAAGAGAAGCUCCAGCACGAGAAACGCGAGGAACGUAGCGAGGAGCGCGACGAGUCGAGUUGGUCGCGUACGAGCAGUGCUAGCGCGGGCAGCAGCGGCGUGCACUUUAGCGAGAUUAGGAGCGUAAAGAGGAUAGAACGGUCGGAGGAGGGUGUAGGUACCGAGAACGUGAUCGAGGCUAGGGGUAUCGUAGAUCCGAGGACGGGGAACGUGUUGACGGUGGGCGAGGCGAUCAGUCUUAGGAUCUUGGACGUUAGGAAGGGUAGGAUAGUGUGCUCGAGGGACGGCCGUAAGACCGUCACGAUCGAGGAGGCGGCGCGCGAGAAGAUGAUCGACACGCGGCUCGCGGACCGCCUGUUGGGCCCGUGCGGCUUCGACGAGGAGGGACGGCCGGUGUCCUUGCUCGAGGCGAUCCAGCGCGAGCUAUGCGACGCGGAGAGAACGGACGGCGCCGCCGGGGACAGAGCGAAGGUAACUUACAGUCAGACCGCCACCGUACCGCCCGCGAACCACGCGGUUAGCGUAGCCGAUGCGAUGAUAAGGGACGAACCACGCGGCGACGGUCGCCAGAGGUCUGCGUUGGACCCGCGGACCGGUGAGCUAGUCACCGAGGACGGAGAGAGGCUGUCGGUUGAGGAGGCGCACGCUAGGGGCUACCUGGCCAAGCUCGACGUAGUUGUCACCGUGAAGAGGAACGCGUUACCCCUGUCCGAUGCCAUUUCCCAGGGUCUGGUUGACGAGACGCUCGGCCGCGUUCUCGACCGCGUCACCGGCGAGAGCUACGCGCUCGACCAGGCCGUGGAGAAGGGGAUCCUCGACCCUACCGCGAGAGAGAUCGUCGACGCCAGGAACGACACCAAGGUGACGCUUCUGGACGCCAUUAAACUCGGCAUCGUGAAUCCCAAAACUGGAAAGUACAUGCACGGCUUGACCAUGGAGAAGCUGUCGUUGAAGGAAGCGCGCAGGAGGAAGUUGAUCGUUAAGCCUAUGACCUUGAAGGACUGCAAGGAUUCGGAGAUCAUCGACGAGAGUGGCAGGAUCACCAGUCCCGCGCACAGAACGAAGUUAACCGUUACAGAGGCGAUACAGAGGGGAGUGUUGGACGGCGAUCGGUUGAACUCGAUCGUUGACGCGAGAACGGGCGAGGCUGUUACACUGUCCGAGGCGUUGAAUCGCGGAUUGAUAGACCCUGAAAAGGCUACGUACAGGGACACUAAUUCCGAGUCUGAGCUUGCUCUUUCCGAGGCCGUUGAGAAGGGGCUAGUCACUUCUUUGGCGCAAAAGACUAUAUUCGAUAUUGACGGAUUCAAGGAUCCAUUGACUGGAGAGUUCGUCAGCCUUAACGCUGCUUUGUUGAAGGGUCUUAUCAGCUCUAAAGCUGGCGGUAGCUAUAUCGUAGACCCCAACACCGGAGAAACAGUUUCGCUAGCUGAAGCUGAGGAACUGGGCUUCGUGCGACCGGAAGUGUCGGAAAUGUUGAACAGAGGGAUAGGAAUCAUUGAAGAAGGCAGAGAGAUCACUCUCCUAGAGGCUGUAUUCUCUGAACUUCUCGAUCCCAAGACUGGUCUACUUCUGGAUCCGAGAACAAAGAGGCCAGUGUCCCUCGAAAAUUCGAUAAAACGAGGCCUGAUUACGUCCGACGGUGCAGCUUUGCUGACAGGCUUGCUGAACGUGACUGUGACUACCCAAACCGUGACCAAAGUCAAGGAAGUCCAUCUAGAAGAUGCGGAUAAGGAGGACAAGAGACCAGCGAAUGAAAAGGGUCGUAGUCCCUCCGUAGAUAGGUGGAUGGAGGUUGAAGAUUCUUAUGAAGAAUCGAAAAAAGACAAUAUUCCUAGAGCUAUUGGCACCACCACGACCAUCAUCACCAAGGAUAGAGUGAUUUCCUCCUCGCAGGUGAAGGGCACUACUGUGAUCAACAUUAGAGACAAUUCAAUUGAAAGCGUAUCAUCCGGUGCAGAGGAGAACUCGUUGAAACCCUCGUGGUCCAGGUCACAGAAGGAUGUCGAAGAGGAUCGGGAGAUGAUUACUGAUUCUAAAGUGGAGACAGUGUCCAAGGAGGAUCAUUCUUCAGCAGAGAGAAGAGUAUACGAAUUACCAACGGACGGGUGGUCUCUAUCCGAAGCGAUCGAGCGAAAAUUAUUCGACCCAACUACAGGUCUUUUCAUAAUACCUGGAACAGACAGGCUAGUGUCAUUUGAAGAGUGUGUGAAGCUGCGAAUAAUAGAUCCUAAUUCCAGUUUCGUGAUCGAUUCGAACAAUGGCAGAAAAGUGUCCCUAUUGAGGAGCCUGGAAAAGAAUAUCCUGGACUCUACAGGACACUACACGUAUCCUGAGAAGAUAACCAUGAAGGAAGCCAUCUCCAAAGGCUUGAUAAUUUUCGAUGACAAACAUCCGGAUAGCGAAAACUCUCUGCACAGGCUACUAAAAAUCACUAAACUCUCCGGCGAGCCUGACAAACUGGAGCUGACAAGACAGGACGACCCGUCGAGGCCGCUGGAGAUCAAGAUCAACGAAGCUAGUCACGCAAUACCUGAUCCAGUGAGAGUAUCCAAGGGUCUGAUCUACGAUCCCAGUACUGCGUUAGUCAUAUCUACGGAAACAGGAAAGUCCAGUGAACUUUUGUCAGCGUUGUCCGAAGGUAUGCUGCCAUCUGAAGUAGUAAUAGUCAAGGACCCAGUUACCGGAAAGGAUGUAGGUAUAGCUGAGGCUGUACAACGUGGAAUAGUGAACGUAGAGACGGCAGAGUACAACGUAGACGAUAACAGAAAGAUAUCGCUACUAGACGCGGCAAAGUUUGGUAUAGUGUCCGUUCUCGGCUCGCCGUUGGUACCGGUGACAUCCUCGUCUCCCAUCACAGAAACAUCUCUAUCCCAGCAAACAGAAAUCGAACGGUUUCUGAGAGAGGAAGCACAGUAUGCUGAACAAGAAGAGAUAACGGGUAAACCUACCACCUCUGCAUCUGUUUCUGAAUUCGAUUCUGCCUUAGGAUCCACGUCCAUGAUGGAUUCUGUCGCUGAUUCCUCGCCAACGGCGGCAACCAGCGAAGAGCACUCGGUAUCCAGAGCAGAAGGAGAAGCCGAUGAAGAUUUAAAACCAGGGAAGGCUAGCUUUGAAUCGAAAUUCAAAGUUACUAUUGGUAAGGCAGUAGUGUCCGAGUUGGACGACGAAGCCAAACCGAUAGUGCUUCAGAAGAUGAGGAAGAGAGUGAUGAAGACGAAAGAAGCUUUAGACACAGGUCUGAUAGAUGCGGAGACAGCGGAAAUUCUCGCCGAAAACAUGGGAGUAGAGGAUGGUAUACCAGUCAGCCUGUCGGCAGCCAUUAAGAGCAAGAAGAUAGAUGCCGCGUCGGGGAAGAUUGUCGAUCCUCAAAGAGGAGACGUGCUGACUAUCGGUGAAGCCGUUGAGCGUGGAAUCUUGGACCCGGAGAGUGCAGAUGUCUUGGUGCCUUUAGCAAAGAGUCUCUCAAUUCCAGGUUUGUACAAACAGGGCCUGCUAGACCCUGAAGAAGGCAAGGUAGUCCAUCCUGAAACCGGAGCACGGUUAACCCUUAGGGAAGCUAUUCUUUGCGAGAUCGUCGAUCCUCUAUCGAAAUUAACCUGUUCAGACGGACGCACGGACACUCUGCGUAACGCCAUCGACAGUAACUUGGUGGACCCAGAAAGAUCGUUGAUAAAGACCAGCGAGGGAGGUAGCGUCAGCUUGAUGAAAGCUGUCGAGAGCAAUGUGUUCGCCGACUCGGAGAAGGGCGAAGAACAAAUCCCACCUGCCGGAAUGACGUUCACCGUGGCCUUGGAAAGGGGCCUUAUAGACGCAAGUGGAAGAGAGAUAAAGCACCCCAUCACGGACGAACGUUUGCCCCUCGAAGACGCUAUUAAAGGUAACUUUAUAAUGUCCUUGCCUGGUCCGGUUGCCUGUGACAGCAUGGAAGUAACGAAGGCCUUGGAAGCUGGUUUGAUCGACAGAGAAAAGGGAGUCUUCGUUCACCCUACCACGGGAACCCCCGUGCCAAUCCUAGAAGCCAUUGAAUCAGGUCUGCUAGUAGUGAAACCACCAACUACCACCGCCACUGCGACGAUUACUACCAGUGGCAUCACCCAAACUGUCACUUCGUACCACACUGUCACCACGAGAACCUUGGGUAUUCUAUCUGGUUACGAGUUAGUCAACGCUUCCGAAAUAAGGAACAUUGAGACCGGGGAGAAGAUGAGCAUAGAAGAAGCCAGACGCAGAGGCAUAGUCAAAGAUGAGUCGGAGCGGCGGGAGGAGUUCACCACGAAGGAUAUCAAAAUGGCGUUCGACGAAGCGCUUCAGAAUGGUCUUCUGGACGUCGCUGCUGGUACUUACACCAACCCUUCGACAGGAGUCGCCAUGCCUAUUCAACAAGCUAUUGAAAAUGGUCUCUUGGAUGCUCCUUCUGAUCAGCCUGACGAUGCUAGCAACACUGCGACCGAACAGAUUAGUCAAAUUUAUGAUGAAGAAGCGGAGAGAUUCGUGGACCCAGACACAAAGAAGCCUUACACGCUUGCCGAAGCGAUGGAGGUUGGACUGGUGGAUCCUAACACUGUGAUUUAUGACACUAAGACUGCCGAGGCUGUGACUACCAAAGAAGCAGUUGCUAGAGGAAUGAUAGAUCCUGUGACAGGGAAGACAAAGAGUUCUGAAGGGCUCGGAGGUGUGUCCUUGAAGCAAGCAGCGAAAUUGGGAUUAUUGGCUGUUGUGGCUGCUCCAGUUCUCGCUGGGAAAGCGGUGUACGAUGCGGUUCGCGAUGCUUCUGCGAGCAAGGAUAAGAUUAAAGAAUCUAGUAAGCAAAGAGAAGGGGUUGGAAUUGUAUCUCGACCGACUGGAGAACAGAAAGUUUCGUCGGCUACUGAGAUACAGAAGAAACCAUUGACACCAGAGCAACCAGCCAGACAAUUAACGAUUAAGGAUAAGGAGGAAGCAGAAGAAAAGUCUGCGAUAGCGCAAGGCGAAGAAGGAAAAGUGAAAGGAUUAAAGCAAUCGCCUGAAUCAAAAGAAUCUGAACAACCUUUCGUGAAGCAGGUUGAAUCAAAGGAACCAGAGGAGUCUUUAGUAAAGCAAGUUGAAUCAAAAGAACCUGAUGAAGCUUCAGCGAAGCCAGUUGAAUCAAAAGAACCUAUAGAAUCCUCGUUGAAGAGACAAGAUGAACCUAUAGAGUCCUCGUUGAAGAGACAAGAUGAACCUAUAGAAUCCUCGUUGAAGAAACAAGAUGAACCUAUAGAAUCUUCGUUGAAGAGACAGGAUGAACCUACAGAAUCCUCGUUGAAGAGACAAGAUGAACCUAUAGAAUCCUCGUUGAAGAAACAAGAUGAACCUAUAGAAUCCUCGUUGAAGAAACAAGAUGAACCUGUAGAAUCCUCGUUGAAGAGACAAGAUGAACCUAUAGAAUCCUCGUUGAAGAGACAAGAUGAACCUAAAGAACCCAAAGAAUUGUCGGUAGAACAAGUGGAAUCAAAGGAACCAGAAGAAUCCUUGAAGCAACAAUUGGAGCCCGAAGAACCUGAGAAACCACCACUGAAACAGCAAGCUGAAUCCAAGGAACUCGAAGAACCAUCAACAAAACAACAAAUUAAAUCCAAAGAACACGAGGAAUCGUCAACAAAACAACAAAUUCAAUCCAAAGAACACGAGGAACCGUCAAUGAAGCGAAUUGAAUCAAAAGAACCCGAAGAGCUAUCACCGAGAGAGCUGCCAAAAGAAGAGAAGAUGAAAAUCCAAGAAAAACAAGCGGAGGAACCUUCAAAGCGGCCAGUGGAAGAAGAAGACAAGUCGCAGACUUCUGUACAAAGAGAAGGGACACUACAAACUCAGGGAGAGAUGCCAAGGCAGGAGUCAGAACCUCAGACACAGGAAAAAGAAUCACCUGUCCAGGAGAAAUCUGCAAAAGCAAGUAUUCGACCAGAAAAUCUUGAACAAGCCUCGAAACCAGAAGAUCCAAUCAUUAAUGAAAAAUUACAGAAACGACCGGACGAUGUCACAGACACUUCAGAAGAGCCUGAAGAAUCAGUCACCGAGAAAGACUACGAGCAAGAGUCCGAAUUGGACACUGGGAAAGGAACAAGAUUCCUCAUUGAAGUUACUCCCAGUUUAACAGCCGCGGACCUUGUUGUUCGAGGAGCUUACGACUUAGAAAAAGAGAAAUUCGUGGACCCCGAAACAGGAGACAUAGUUCCAUUCAACGACUUUGUCAUGUACCUAGGAAUGCUGGAUCCAGAUCAAGUCAUGGUCAAGGACCUGUCGUGCAAAACCGGGGAUAGAUUCGUCUCUCUUCGAGAAGCGAUUUCCAAGCCCUUAGUAGACAGGAACUUGGGAUACAUGGUAGACCCUAAGACAGGCAAGAAGAUCCCGUUCUUCGAGGCAAUAAAACUAGGUCUGAUCAAACAAGAACCCCCAGUCGAUCAACCACCGAUCCUUCUAGCACCGGGACAAGAAGGUUUAACCUUGCGCGAGGCAGUCGAAGAAGGUUUAUUAGAUCCAGAAACCUGUGAAGUCCGCGAUCCAGUUACAAACCGUGUGCUGAAGUUGAACGAUGCUAUAGACGCAGGUCUGAUAGAUUGUAGCUCGAUCACCCUCAGGGACCCGGUGAACGACGAGGUUCAGUCUCUUCAAGAAAUUCUCGAGUCCGGAGGAAAAGUUGACGUGGAAGAAGCAUUCGCUAAAGGAUUGGUUGCUCCUAAAUCUCGGAAACCAAUUUCAUUGGAAGCUGUUAUUAGGAAAGGUCUGUACGACGAGGCUAGCGGAAUGAUUCUAGACACUCUAACUGGCCAGGCGAUAGACGUCGAAGAGAGCGUACGCAGGGGAUUGAUAGACGCGUUUAUCAGUGAAUGCGAGGACACUAAAGCAGGUACAUUCUUGUCCCUGGAGGAAGCUCUGGGUGAGUCGAAAUUAUUGGAUUCGCGAGCUGGUCGAUUACGAGACACCAAGACCGGUGAGUCGCUUCCUUUGAACGUGGCCUUAAAGAGAGGUAUCAUAGCAACUACUGGAUUCGUUCCUUCUCUGAUCGAUACGAUUGUUCAAGAAUAUUAUUGCCCAACUACUGGCCUGGUUGCCAAUCCCACUACAGGUGACGAGACUACUUUGAAGGAAGCUCUGAUGACCGGUUACGUGGACGGAGAGACUACUGUUGUAAGGGAUGACAGAAACGACAGAGUACUGGCCUUGCAAGACGCUGAAGAGGCGCAGUUGAUCGACCUCGAGAAAGGAGUCUUAAUCUCUCCGCACACUAUGACACUAGACGUCGCACACGAAAAAGGAUUCAUCCUCAGCACGGUGAAACCUUGGUCCCUGCAGGAAGCCCUCGCUCAUCAGACCUACGAUCCCCAGAAAGGCACUUUCGACAUAGACGGCGCUAGUUACACUCUCGAGAAGGCGCUGGAGAUUGGCCUGAUAGCUAAAGACAGUCCUUCGGUGAAGGAUCCGAAGAACAGCGAAAUCAUCUCCCUUGGCGAAGCCAUAAAGCAAGGUCUGAUCGACCCUAAGACAGGUACAGCUAUCGAUCCCUCUACCAGUACACCUUUGUCCCUCACCGAUGCUCUGGAUAGGGGCUUAAUAGUUCCUGCGAAGAGGAAGAUCUCUCUCCCAGAAGCAGUGUUCAAGGGUCUCUAUGAGCCAACAACUGGUCGUUUCAUUGUUCCCGAGACCAGAGAGAAGCUGCCAACCGAUAGAGCUAUCAAGGCAGGUGUUAUAGAUCCUAGUACCGCUGUAGUUGUCCGUCAAGCUGAUGGCAAGGCGAUCACGUUUGACAAAGCCAUCAAAGAACUGAUCGUCGACCCUAAGACUGGUACAGUGACCAAUGCGAAAGGUAAGCGAGUAGAUUUCAGAGAAGCGUUGGAGCACGGUUUGCUCUUGGAAGCAAGGAGACCCAUGACAUUCAGCGAGGCUAUAUCUAAAGGAAUCCUCGACGAACGCACCAACAUGUUCCUAGAUCCUCAGUCCGGCGUCUACUUAAGUCUACUGGAAGCUAUACAAAGGAACUUAAUAGACGCUGAUUCCGUCACUGUGAAAGAUGGAAGGAGCGGCUUCAGAGAGAGGAUAUCCUUAAUGGAAGCUAUAAAGACAGGCUACAUUGAUGGCUCCUCCGGUCAAGUGAACGUCACAGCUGACUCCGACAUGUCCUUGCAGGAAGCUUACGAAGCUGGCUUGAUUGUAGAUCAUAGAGCAGCGGUGUCUCUGCAGAGAGCAAUCCACCAGGGACUCUACGACGAGCAGACCGGCAAAAUCACAGAUCCAAGUACUGGAAGGUCGGUCACACUGCACGAAGCAAUGAGGAACUGUCUGGUGAGUCCCACGUUACCUUGUUACUGGGACAGGCGAGCGGACAGGUUGCUCUCGCUGGCGGAAACCUGUCGAGCUGGCGUGAUCGACAGGAGGUCAGGAAUGUUCAAGGAACCAGGUGCCAACAGAUCAGUGUCCCUAAGCCUAGCUCUCCAACUGGGUCUGAUAGUGGACAUCGAGACAACCGAGUUCAGUCUCCACCAGGCGAUCACAAUGAACAUCUACGAACCCACCACUGGCAAGUUCACUCAUCCGUCAACGAACAGAAAGCUGACAUUGUCGGAAGCUUGCAGGUCCGAGCUGAUCGACCCCCUCUCGUCGAUCGUCAGAGACGUUCGAACAGAAAAGUACGUACCACUUCCCGACGCUGUCUCUUCAGGGGUAAUCGACGACACUCGAGGCACCUACAACGCUCUCCCCGAGGGACCAAUCGACCUGAAAGAAGCCCUGAAGAGAGGACACGUGGUGCCCUCGAAGCUUCCCAUGAGCAUAGAAGAAGCAGUCGCCAGCGACCUUUAUCGAGCCCAAACGGGACUCUUCAUAGAUCCUCGCAGCAACGACACCGUUGAUCUGUCCCGCGCUUUCGACGUAUUCCUCCUCGAUCCCGACACCACCGCUCUCAAGGACGCCACCACUGGCCAGAUCACGUCGAUCUUAGCUGGCAUUGAAAACGGCGCGAUAGACGUUCCUCAUGGCAAGAUACUCGACUCGAAAACGAGACGCGCAUACCCUAUCGACGUAGCCCUCGAACGCGGGCUUCUGGUCACUCUCGAGAAACCCCUGACGCAUCAGCCAGCCCGGCGAAGCCUCACGCGCAAGGACGAGCCCAAACGAGAGUACACAGUCCAAGAAGCAAUAGAGAACCGCCUUCUGGACCCCGAGGCUGCCGUAGUCAGAGACCCCAAGACCGGCAGAUUCGUGAACAUCGACAGUGUCCUCGCUAACGGUGUCCUCGACGCAUCUAGCAAAGGAUCAAUCGACACAGCCUCCCCUAAAACCCCCGAUGGCAAGCUCACACCUCGAUUCGUACGCUUCGGCGACGUCGAGGUGUUCUUCACGCGGCCCCUGACGUUCGAGGAAGUUCUGGAGACCGGUUUACUGUCCGUGGAAACUGGAAAAUUGACCGAUCCGAAGACCGGUGAACUGGUGACGCUGAAAGAAGCUGUGGGUCUGGGUAUAGUGGACUCCGAUUCGGCGCUGAUCAAAGACACCAAGAAAAGGAAGCUGGUGAAACUGGCGGAAGCGUUUAGGAAGGGUUUAAUGGACGCUGAGAAGGGGAAUGUUUUGGAGUCGCAGACCUCCAGGUUGUUCCCAUUGGCGAAAGCUUUGGAAGCGGAGCUCCUGAUCACCCCGAAACGCGGCCUGUCCUUCAUCGAGACCUUGGAGUUCGGGCUUUACGAUUCCGCGUCCGGCACAUUCGACGAUCCGUUCCGUGUCGCGUCGGCCGUAGAUCGGGAACCGGUCGCGUUGAGGCAGGCGAUCGACGCCGGCUCGAUCGAUCCGUCCGGCACCGUGAUCAAAGAGCCCGGGACCGGUAGGGUCGUUAGUUUGUUAGAGGCUAUAAGCACCGGGAUAGUAGAUCCUGUAGCGGGCAGGCUUUGCGGAGACCCAUCGGGAAAGAGGCUUGACUUCGCGAAAGCCCUGGACCAGGGUUAUAUUCUCACCGCAGAAGCUAGGCAAGCGGUCGAGGAGAAGUACAAGCUAUGCGACGAGACCUCCUCGAAGCUGCUGCAAUGGAUCGCCGAGGUCGAGGACAAGCUCGCCGGGCAGGAUAACGUGAAGGAGGAUGUUGAUCAGCUUAGGGAUCAGAUGAACGCCAUGAAGGAGAUCAAAGAUGACCUGGAAGCCCACGCCCGUCCGAUCUCCUCGUGCCUCGACCAGAUUCGUCAAGUGGUGCUCACCGGAAGCAACGUGUUGUCCAGCGAGGAAGUGUCCACCUUGGAGAAGAAUGGCCGGUCUUUGAAAACGAGGUUCGACAGAGCCACGGAUCGCACCGAGAGGAUGGUCAGGCGCCUGAUAGCCGCCAGGGACGAAUUGAUCAAGUUCAAGAACGAGAUAUCGACCUUCUCCCACUGGCUAGACAGCGCGAGGCGAAUCCUGGAAGAGAAAGAGCACUCCCUGUCCGACUUGAACAGACUAAGCAGCAGCACAGAUGCUACCAGAGACUUCAUCAGCGACGUGAUAGCCCAUCAAGCUGACCUGAGAUUCAUCACCAUGGCUGCGCAAAAGUUCGUCGACGAGAGCAAAGAAUUCUUGCACGUUCUGAACGAAUUCCGUACCAGUUUGCCUCAAAGAUUGCCUCACAAGGAGCCCAUAUCUAGUCAGGACUCUCCUGUGCGGGGUGAAGUCUCUAUCGUUACUGCUCAAUACAAGGACCUGUUGUCGAGAGCCAACCUCUUGUCGGAUAAACUGUCCGGAGUUGGAGGAAGGCAGAGGGAUUACCGUGAGUCCUUGGAGAAAGCGAGGAGGUGGCUGAAGGAAGUCGAACCUAAGGUUCACAGAGCCAUUUCCGAGGCGAUCGCAGCGGAGCCUAAGCAGGUGGAGGAGCAAUUGAGUAAAGCAAAGGCAUUGAACAACGAAAUGCUUGCUAACGAACGCCUAGUGGAGAAUGUGAAGGUCAGCGUUGACGCUCUUCUGAGAUCCUUGGACGGACAGUUGACGCCUAAGGAAGUCGAUGAACUGGAAGAACCUGCUAGAGCUCUGGAAGACAAGUACAGGCAGCUGACCAACGCGAUUGCCGAGAAAUGCCAGGAGCUAGACGCGGCUCUGGUACGCAGUCAAGGCGUUCAGGAUGCUUUGGACAGCCUCGUGCUUUGGUUGAACAAUAUUGAAAGCCAGUUCAAGAACAUCCAACGCCCGGCGAGUUUGCAGAAGGAGCGGCUGGAGGAACAACAGAGGGACCAGCGUCUGCUUCAAGCGGAUCUGGACAGUCACCGUUUAAGCCUGGAAGCCGUAGCAACCAGCGCGAAAGAUCUUCUGACUAAUUCCAGCAACGCGAAGAUCGCCAAACACAUAGAAGGCAAAUUGAAGGACGUCCAGAGCAGGUUCGAGAAGCUGAUGGACAAGUCUCUUCGUCGCGGUGAAUUCCUCGACGAGAUUGCACAAGCAUUGGGCGACUUCUUGGUGGAAACCACGAAGUUCGAUAGCUGGUACGCUCACAUGAUUGAAGCACUGGAGUCCAGAGACUUGAGUAAACUGGAUGUCGCCGAGUACGAGACCAAAAUGGCGAAUCUGAUGGACAAGCGGGAGGAUCAGAGACCCAACUUCGAAGACCUUAUAUCCAAUGGCAAGAAAUUAAUCUCCAAGAAAGACGUAACGGAUGUCGCUCCGAUCAGAGAUAAGAUCAAAGCUCUGGAAACCCAGUGGAAGGAAGUGAACAACUUGAUCGACGAGAAACAACGGCUCAGCAAAUCCAGGGCCGAACAGCUGUCCGCGUAUGAGAAGCUUCGUGACCAGGUGAUCGACUGGCUAACAAGGACCGAGAACAAGGUCCAGAUGUUAGAACCUGUGGCCGUUGACCUGGAGAAAUUGAAGCGACAGGUCGACGAAUUGAAACCCAUUCAGAAGGAAUAUCGCGAUUAUAGAAACACUGUGGAUAAGGUGAACGACCUUGGAAUCGCCUAUGAUGGCUUGCUAAGGGAGCGCACAGAGAGUCCAACUCGUCGGCGUAGUAGCACCAGUCCUACAAAGAGACCUGUACGCCGAAUGUCACAAGACGGUCGCUCACCAUCUCCCGCUAAAUUGUAUGCCGCUCAAAGUCCGGUCUCCCCAGGUGGUAGCAGCGGGUUCAGUAGUCGACGGUCCAGCCAAGAUGGCUUUCAUCUCGAGGAUCUGUCGCCCGUUCAACAACAGCUUUCCGAGAUCAACAAUAGAUACGGACUGCUUGGCGUCCGGUUGACUGAUCGACAAACAGAACUGGACAACGUGAAGGACGAACUGAGGAGGCACGUGGACAACUUGAAGACCUUGUCUCAGUUCUUGGAGAAGAUUAAGCGGCAGAUACCCAAAGAGAGCAUGCCAAUAAAUAAAGAAGAGGCAGACAAGACAGCCAAGCAGAUCAAGGCAGUCAUCGAAGAGAUGUACGAGAAACAAUCGUUGCUAGAUACCACGAGAACUCAAGUUCGUGACCUAGUCAGACGCAAGAAGGAUGCCGAUGGAGUGGACAGGCUGAACGACGAGAUGGAAGACGUCUCCAGCAGGUGGAGGUCGUUCAGCGAACGUUGCAAGGAUAGGAUCAAGUUCCUGGAUGACGUGAAAGAUUUCUACGACACUUCAGAAGGUUUGGUUUCUUGGCUUGGAUCAAAAGAAAGAAUGCUGGGUGCUUUGGGUCCCAUAUCAGCCGAUCCUAGAAUGGUCGCCAGCCAAGUGCAACAGGUUCAGGUUUUGCGAGAAGAGUUCCGCACCCAGCAGCCUCAGUUGGAUCACCUGGUGCAGGUCGGAGAGAACAUUCUCGCUGUAAUUGGUACCGAUUCAGCGGAUGGACAGAAGACCAGCGCAAAAUUAAAAUCAAUCCUGGACAAGUGGUCCGAUCAGCUGGCUAGACUCGAUGAGAGAGCGCAGAGCUUGGGUGACGCGGUGGACACCAGCCGCGAGUUCGAUGCCAGCCUGAACAGAUUGCGCGAUGCUCUGCAAGCUAUUUCCGAUAAUCUCGACGAAUUGACACUCGAGAAAGACCCUGAAGAUCAGCUACGAAAGAUCGAGAACCUUGAAAGACAGUUAGAGGGUCAAAGACCUCUCUUGGCCGACGCUGAAGCAGCUGGUGAACAGCUUUGCGAAGUUCUCAGCGAUCCAGCUUCCAAAUCCGAGAUCCAUGGAAAGGUGGCCGCGGUUGGUAAACUGUACACCAAUCUGCAGAAGAAACUGGACCACAAGAAGGCUGAGAUCGAGGGUAAUCUUAGAGAUGGAAGACAGUUCGAAGCAUCUUGCACUAAAACGUUGGGAUGGCUCGCCGAUGAGCUCGGUAACAUGUCUGAGAAGCUGUUGGUGUCCGCUGAUCGGGACAUCUUGCAGCAACAACUGGAUAAUCACGAGCCUAUAUACAGGAACGUGAUGGGCAAAGAACACGAAGUGAUCAUGCUACUGAACAAAGGUCGCGACAUGCUCACUCGGUCCCAGAAGGUCGAGAACAGGUCUCUGCAACGCGACUUGGACAAGAUGCAGUCGCAGUGGGAUCGUUUGAAGAAAGACAUCCUCGAUAGGCACACAAAGCUGCAAACUUGCGCCGAACACUGCAAGAAGUACUACAAAGCGCAGGACACGUUCUUGCCUUGGCUGAGACAAGCCGAAGACCGACUCGAAUGCCUGAAACCAGCAUCUUUCAAACGCAAAGACAUCGAGAAACAGCUCAAGGAACUCUCCUCGUUCAGGAACGAGGUCUGGAAGCAUUCUGGAGAAUUCGAGAACAACAAAACGCUUGGCGAGACCUUCCUAGGAGCCUGCGACAUCGACAAGCAGAACGUGAAGAAUGAACUAGGUGCGAUGAAGACCAGAUGGGACAAGUUGAACAACGAGCUGUUAACGAGAACGCAAUCUCUGGAGGACACUGCGAGACACUUGAUGGACUUCAACGAAAAUCUACGAGACUUGCGACACGGCUUGCAAAGUUGCGAGGAUAAGCUUACGUCUCAUGACGCUCUUGGAGGAGCAGCUAAAGACCCGCGACUUCUCAACAGCCUAAGGAGUUUAAAAGAAGAAGUUGAAAAGCUAAGCAAACCUUUGCAAUGGGUAGAGCAGCGAGCGAACAACUUGGCGGGCAAAGCCAGGGAACAAGGAGUCGACGCGUCGCACCUAUUGGAUGAAGUGGAAAGCUUGCAGGAUAGAAGAUUCGACCUGCUAGAGAAAUUGGACGGCAAGUGCCGCGAGCUGCAUAAUACAGCUGCAGCGUUGGCGCAGUUCAGCAGCUCCUUGGAGUACAUCAGUUUUCAAGUUGCUAGUCUCGAGAAAGAAUUGGAUUCCAUGAAAGCAGCGGGCAGAGAAAUCAAGAUAGUACAGUCUCAGAUAGAAGAGACCAGCACGGUGAUCACCAAUUUGAACCAUCUAUUCACUACAAUCAGCCGACUGGAAAGCCAGGAAGAUAGAUUGAUGGAUGACGGUUUCGCGGCAGCCAGAGAACAAGUUGCGAGUUUGAAACGACAAAUUGGAAAGCUCGACGACCGUUCCCGCGAUCGGCACGAGGAACUCACCUCGACUCUGGACAAGCUGCAAGAGUUCUACCAAUCGCAUUCUAACGUCAUCACCGAAAUUGAUCAGGCGAAUGAGCACUUCAGAAGGUUCAAACCCGUAGGAUCCGAAGUGGAAUCCAUAAAGGCGCAGCAAGAGGACUUCAGACUUUUGAAACUUAACAAGAUAGAACCGCUGGCCCGUGCCGUCGAGGACUGCAACGUUCUUGGCCAAUCUUUGAUCCAAACUGCCGGUCGCGAUGUGAGCACCAGCAACCUUGAGAAAGACGUCGAUAGGAUGAACGAAAGAUGGAAUGAUCUGAAGGAUAGACUGAACGAACGCGACAGGAGACUGGACGUCGGGCUUCUUCAAUCAGGAAAAUUCCAGGAGGCCUUGGACGGUCUCGAGAAGUGGCUGACAGACACCGAGGAGAUGGUGUCCAACCAGAAAUCGCCUUCUUCCGAUUACAAGGUGGUCAAGGCGCAGCUGCAGGAGCAGAAGUUCUUGAAGAAGAUGCUGAUGGAUCGGCAGAAUUCGAUGUCGUCUUUGUACAACAUGGGUCAGGAAGUUGCAGCCGGAGCAGACCCCAAAGAGAGAAAGAUGAUAGAGAAACAGUUGAAGGAACUGGUAGGAAGAUUCGACAAUUUGACGGAGAGCGCAGCCGAGAGGAUGGAAGCUCUCGAACAAGCUAUGGGAGUGGCGAAACAGUUCCAGGACAAACUGGUACCGUUGGCAAUCUGGUUAGACAAAACCGAGAAGCGUGUCAGGGAUAUGGAGCUGGUGCCAACGGACGAGGAGAAGAUUCAGCAACGAGUCACAGAGCACGACGCCCUUCACGAGGAUAUUCUCUCCAGGAAACCAGACUUCAGCGAGCUCACAGAAAUCGCCAGUCAGCUGAUGGCCCUGGUGGGCGAAGACGAAGCCGCUGCGCUCGCCGACAAACUUCAAGAUGCGGCCGACAGGUACGCAGCUCUGGUAGAAAGAUCAGAAGCUUUGGGAACCCUUCUGCAGAGAUCAAGGCAAGGUUUGAGACACUUGGUUCUCAGCUACCAAGAGCUCCAAGCGUGGAUGGAGGGCAUGGAGAUCAGGCUGUCCAAAUACAGGGUCUUGGCGGUGCACACUGAGAAACUUCUCCAGCAGAUGGAAGACCUUGCCGAUUUAACCGAAGAAGUUUCCACGCGACAGACCGAAGUGGACAGCACAACGGACGCCGGUUUGGAGCUCAUGAAGCACAUCUCCAGCGACGAGGCUCUGCAACUGAAGGACAAACUGGACUCCUUGCAAAGACGAUUCAACGACCUGGUGAGCCGAGGUUCGGAUCUCUUGAAGCACGCUCAAGAGUCCCUCCCUCUGGUCCAACAGUUCCACGACAACCACAACAGACUGAUGGACUGGAUGCAGGCUGCGGAGUCGGCUCUCCAAUCCGCGGAACCUCGCGAGGACGAAAUAGUCAGACUCGAAAUGGAAAUAUCAGAGUACAGACCGGUCCUGGACAAGAUCAACGCAGUUGGUCCACAAUUGUCCCAACUGUCACCUGGCGAGGGAGCUGCUACCAUAGAGGGCCUGGUUACUAGGGACAACAGGAGAUUCGACGCGAUCGCUGAGCAGAUCCAACGCAAGGCUGAGAGGAUUCAACUGAGCAAACAGAGAUCCCUAGAGGUCAUUGGCGACAUCGACGACCUGCUGGAAUGGUUCCGCGAAGUGGACAAUCAGCUGCGGGAAGCUGAGCCGCCGAGCAGCGAGCCGGAGAUCAUCCGAGUCCAGCUGAAGGAGCACAAGGCGCUGAACGAUGAUAUAUCCAGUCAGAAGGGACGCGUAAGGGACGUGAUAUCAACAGCCAAGAAAGUCAUCCGUGAGAAUGGUCAGCACGAAGACACGUCAACCAUUAGAGAAAAGAUGGAGGACCUCAGAGAAACCAUGGAAAUUGUGUCCGGCUUGUCAGCGGACAGACUGGGGGCUCUAGAACAAGCCUUGCCCUUGGCGGAGCACUUGCGCGACACUCACAUAGGUUUGGUCAGCUGGUUAGAGGAAGCAGAGCAUCAAGUAGCCAUGCUGCCCAUGCCAGCCUUGAGGCCUGACCUCAUCGCAGCGCAGCAGGACAAGAACGAGCUGCUGAUGCAGAGUAUCAACGAGCACAAGCCGCUCGUCGAGAAGCUGAACAAGACCGGGGAGGCUCUGAUCAAGCUCUGCAACGAGGAAGAGGGUAUCAAGAUCCAGGACAUCCUAGAAGCAGAUACAGCGAGGUAUGCAGCUCUCAGGGCAGAACUGCGGAGCAGGCAACAGACUCUGGAGCAGGCUCUGCAGGAGUCCUCUCAGUUCUCCGACAAACUGGAGGGUAUGCUGCGAGCUCUAUCGUCAACGGCGGAUCAAGUCAACGGUGCAGAGCCGAUUAGCGCCCACCCUGGUCGCCUGCGCGAUCAGAUGGAAGAGAACACUGCUCUGGUCGACGAGUUAGCCCACAGAUCGGAAGCUUACGCAGCUGUCAGGAGAGCAGCCGACGACGUGAUCAGCAAGGCAGGCAACAGAGCUGACCCUGCCGUGAAGGACAUUAAGCGGAAACUGGAGAAACUGAACAAACUAUGGAGCGACGUUCAGAAAGCUACCACCGAACGAGGACACACUCUGGACGAUGCUCUGGCAAUCGCGGAGAAGUUCUGGUCCGAGUUGAACGGUGUGAUGUCCACGCUGAGGGAACUUCAGGAUGCUCUCUCGGGUCAGGCACCGCCGGCAGCUCAGCCGGGAGCUAUUCAACAGCAGCAGGUCGCCCUGCAGGAGAUCAGGCACGAGAUAGAUCAGACCAAACCCGACGUAGAACAGGUCCGUGCCUCUGGACACGAGUUGAUGGGUCUUUGCGGUGAACCUGACAAGCCAGAGGUCAGGAAGCACAUAGAGGACUUGGACCAGGCCUGGGACAACGUGACCGCGUUGUACGCCAGGCGCGAAGAGAACUUGAUCGACGCCAUGGAGAAGGCAAUGGAGUUCCACGAAACGCUGCAGAAUCUGCUCGAGUUCCUGGAGGAGGCGGAAGAGAAGUUCACCAGGAUGGGACCGUUGGGCAGCGACAUAGACGAAGUUAAGAAACAGAUCAAACAGCUGGCCAAUUUCAAGGCCGAAGUUGAUCCGCACAUGGUCAAGGUCGAGGCUCUGAACAGGAGUCUGACCAGGCAAGCUGCUGAACUGACAGAGCGUACAUCCUCGGAACAAGCUGCAGCCAUCAAGGAACCACUCGGCGCAGUGAACAAGAGAUGGGACGGUUUGCUGAGAGGCGUGGUAGAGCGGCAACGACUCUUGGAGAACGCUUUGCUGCGCCUUGGACAGUUCCAACACGCCUUGGACGAGCUGCUCGUGUGGAUAGAGAAGACAGACGACACCUUGGACAACCUGAAAGCAGUGGCCGGUGAUCCUCAAGUGAUAGAAGUUGAGUUGGCCAAGUUGAAGGUCUUGGUGAAUGACAUCCAAGCUCACCAGACCAGUGUGGAUACGCUGAACGACGCAGGUAGACAAUUGAUAGAGGAUGGCAAGGGAACAGCAGAAGCGUCGACCACAGCUGAGAAGUUAGGUACAUUGAACCGUCGCUGGAGAGACUUGCUGCAACGAGCAGCUGACCGCCAAAGAGAACUGGAAGACGCUCUCAGGGAGGCUCAGUCCUUCACAGCUGAGAUCCAGGAUCUCCUGUCCUGGUUGGGCGACGUGGACAAUACCAUAGUAGCUUCGAAGCCUGUUGGAGGAUUGCCAGAGACAGCUUCUGAACAACUGGAGCGCUUCAUGGAGGUGUACAACGAGUUAGAACAGAAUAGGCCUAAAGUGGAGACGGUUCUGCAGCAGGGACAGGAGUACCUGAAGCGUGCGGAUACCUCCAGCGCCGGCGGACUGAACCACAACCUGAAGACGUUGAAACAACGCUGGGACAAUGUAACCGCGCGUGCCAGCGACAAGAAGAUCAAGCUGGAGAUCGCGUUGAAGGAAGCUACAGAGUUCCAUGACGCUCUACAGGCGUUCGUCGACUGGCUGACCAAUGCCGAGAAGAUUUUAACUAAUCUGAAACCGGUAUCCAGGGUGAUGGAGACUAUUCUUGGCCAAAUAGAGGAGCACAAGACCUUCCAAAAAGAUGUUGGAGUCCAUCGCGAGACCAUGUUGAACCUGGACAAGAAGGGCACUCACUUGAAGUACUUCUCGCAAAAGCAGGAUGUGAUUCUAAUCAAGAAUCUAUUGAUCAGCGUACAGCACAGGUGGGAGAGAGUAGUUUCUAAGUCAGCAGAGAGAACCAGGGCUCUGGAUCACGGGUACAAGGAGGCCAGAGAGUUCCACGACGCCUGGUCCAACUUGAUGAACUGGUUGGAAGAGACCGAAAGGACUCUGGAUGAGGUUUCCGCGGAUGGCAGUCUGGGAGGAAACGAUCCGGAAAGAAUCAAAGCGCGACUGAACAAACACCGUGAGUUGCAGAAAGCUCUAAGCGCGAAGCAAGGUACCUACGAUGCCACCAUGAAGAACGGCAAGUCGUUGAAGGACAAAGCACCGAAGACCGACGAGUUCGCGUUGAAGGAGCUGCUCAACGAGCUGAAGAACAAAUGGACCACCGUUUGCGGCAAGUGCGUGGACAGGCAGAGGAAGCUCGAGGAAGCUUUGCUCUUCUCUGGUCAGUACAAGGACGCGAUUCAGGCUCUGUUGGAGUGGCUGGUGAAGUCGGAGAAACAACUGGCUAACACCGGACCUCUUCACGGUGACCUGGACACUGUGGUGAACUUGGUGGAACAGCACAAGACCUUCGAGAAGGACCUCGAGUCCCGCGCGUCGCAGAUGGAGUCCGUUAUCAAGACCGGCCGUGAGCUUCUCGGCAAAGCAACGGUCGAAGAUGCGUCCGCUAUAGAUUCCCAGUUGUCUGAAUUGAACGACCUGUGGGAAACGGUGUCCAGAUUAUCCUCCGAGAAGACGGAUCGCCUCGAAGAGGCGUUGAAGGAGGCAGAGCGUCUUCACAAAGCAGUAAACGUCCUCCUCGAGUGGCUGAGCGACGCCGAGAUGAAGCUGAGAUUCGCUGGACAGCUCCCCGAAGACGAACAGGAAAGCAGAAACCAGCUGAUGGAGCAUGAGAAGUUCUUGAGGGAAUUGCGCACCAAGGAAAUAGAGAAGGAUCAGACGUUGGAACUUGCGCAUGCCAUUUUGGGCAAAGCUCAUCCUGAUGGUGUAUUGGUUAUCAAACACUGGAUCACCAUCAUCCAGUCUAGAUGGGAUGAGGUGGCUACUUGGGCUAUGCAGAGGAACCAGAGAUUGGAGAACCAUAUGCGAGGACUUCAGGAUCUGGACAAUCUUCUGGAGGAAUUGCUGUCAUGGUUGGAAGGUCUGGAGAAUACUUUGAACGCUCUCGAAGCGGAACCUCUGCCAGACGACAAGCCCACGUUGGAGAUGUUGAUCGCUGAUCAUCGAGAAUUCAUGGAGAACACCAGCAGAAGGCAGAACGAGGUCGACCGCGUCUGCAAAGCCAGGCAAAUCAAAUCUGUGAAAGACACCAAGAAGAUAACGAAGGCUAAGUCACCAGCGCCGACCCGAGCCAGCCCGGGCCGUGAGAGAACUCCAGAUUCGUUGCCGCACAUCGGCCCACGCUUCCCACCCAAAGGAAGCAAAGGCGCCGAACCUGAGUUCCGCAGUCCGAGAGUUAAGCUUCUCUGGGACAGAUGGAGACAUGUCUGGAUGUUGGCCUGGGAGAGACAACGUCGACUUCAAGACAAGUAUAAUUACAUUCAGGAAUUGGACCGCGUUGCUAACUUCAGCUGGGAGGAUUGGCGUAAGAGGUUCUUGAAAUUCAUGAACCACAAGAAAUCCAGGCUGACCGAUCUCUUCAGGAAGAUGGACAAGAACAACGACGGUCUAAUUCCUCGCGAGGACUUCAUUCAAGGAAUCAUGAACACCAAAUUCGAGACGUCACGGUUGGAAAUGGGAGCAGUAGCGGACCUCUUCGAUCGCCAUGGCGAAGGAUUGAUCGACUGGAAGGAGUUCAUCGCCGCGUUAAGACCGGACUGGGAAGAACGCAGGUCUUACAACGACACAGACAAGAUCCACGACGAAGUGAAACGACUGGUGAUGCUGUGUACUUGUCGCCAGAAGUUCCGAGUGUUCCAAGUCGGCGAAGGGAAAUAUAGGUUCGGUGACAGUCAGAAGCUGCGACUAGUUCGAAUCCUACGAUCCACCGUGAUGGUGCGCGUCGGCGGUGGAUGGGUAGCGCUGGACGAAUUUUUGUUAAAGAAUGAUCCUUGCCGCGUUUUUCUAAUGCCGAUACCGGACCCUAACAAACCGGAACAACAUGAGGGUUGGUGUCCGCUCGGUGAGAAUCUUUUUAUAUGGGAAUAAUUGCUACUCGUGGCCCGUGCGCGUAAAAUAUAAUUCUAUUUAUCCUGUACGAUGAACCAAUAAGUGGCAAAUACACGAAAAAACAGUAAAAUACAUUAAGAUCGUUUCGAAGAAAAUUAUAGAGCACCGUACUGGCCACGAAAUCGUCGUUUUCGUAUAUCCUGCAUGAUACGUAUCUGUCCGUGUGUACAUACGUUUGCUUCUCCUCGCAACGAAUUUAUAUCGUGUGAUUGUACAGCUCGUUUUUGCGUGUGACCGAGUGUAUGAGUGCGUUCUGUUUGAACUCGCGUUCGUGUUUGCGUGUGCGCGUUAAACAGCAUGAUUGAUCUCUGUAAUCUCGCGCGAACUUUUCUCAAACAAAAUUCCAACCGCGGUCGCGUAGUUUCAUCAUCUCCGCGUCAUUACUUCCUUUUCUGGUCAUUGUCCGUUUCAUUCAUACGUCGUCGCUGAUUUGUUGGUACCUUUUCUCGAUAUUUACCGCGAUCUUCGUAUUCCACCCCUUGUCAACGUUGAUGUUGGAAGUUGGAAGUUGUCGAGGUUCUCUGUAAGACAUUCAGCUCUAUCUUUAAGAAUUCUGCGAUGUAGGAAUGUAAUAACUUGGGAUUUAGUACUUUCGAAAUUGAAUACUUUAGUCAUUAGAGCGUUUAAUCAUUCGGGAACUAAGUAAUUUGAAAGUUCAAUCAUUUGGGAGUGCAGUAAUACAAGUAUGGUAACUUAUAAAUUCAAUUGAUCUUAGUGUGCACUACUUUGGAAGUGCGGUAUCGUGAAACUAAUCAGUAUUCCGAAACUCCAAUUAAACAACUUGCAACGUCAGCGCUGCAUACGCAUGCCACCCCCUGUCUUAGAACGAAUUCGCGCGAAGCGUAAUUAACGGGAGAAACAGCACCGAUAAAUCGACUUUACAUUCCAUUCAUCAUAUAUCACAUUACUAUUCGGGAUCGAUGCAAAUCAAAGCGGUUCUCCGACACACGACAGUACAAUGUAACGUAAUUUGUUACUCUCUCACCGAAUGAUUUAUUUAUUAUUUUUCUACACCCAACCCCGUACUCUUUUUACCAGAACAAUCGUUCUAUAAUACACUGUAUUUUUUUCUCUUUUUGUUUUUCCACCGUACACUCGCACACAAACAUACCGUGUACGCCGCUGGCAACGCUCUAACAACUGUCGCUGUAAUACUGUCGCCUACUACUUUUACUGCCACUGUCAUCUCUGAAUUCUAUAUUUCACUUUCUCUCUCUCUUUCUCUCUCUUUUCUCUAUCUCGCUGCUCCUAUUCUGUCCGCGCAUCCGCGCCAAUAAAAAUAUACUCUCGUCGUUUCUACGCUCUAACAACCGCGCAUGUACGCUGCUAUUUUGCGUAUAUCUAUUUCUAAUUGUACCUAUACGCUUUACUAAUUAUUAUACUAUCUGCCCCUUUCGAUCGCUCUGAUUUGUACUAUCGUACCACCCAAUUUCUGCUAAAUGACAAAACGAUAUUUAACAAUUAUCUAUCUCGCGGCUGCCCGUUAAUUAUCUGCUCUAUGCCUAUCGCAUAUCUUUAUUCUCCCCUUCUUCUUUCCCUCCGUGCUCUGUCGGUUGUUGCUGUCUGUCUCUGUCUCUGUGUCUGUCUCGCCAUCUUCCCUGCUAUCUAUUCAAUUCUCUGCCUUCGAAUCUUUGAAUCUUUGAAAAUUUGAAUCUUUGAACCAUUGAAUCUUUACGUUUUUAAACCUUUGAAUCACUGAAUCUUUAAAUAUUUGAACCAUUGAUUCUUUAAAUCUUUGAACCAUUUAAUCCUUAAAUUUUUGAAACGUUAAAACAUUGAUCUUUGAAUUUUUGAACCGUUGAAUCUUUAAAUCUUUGAAACGUUAAAACAUUGAUCUUCGAAUCUUUGAAACUUCCUUAAAUUCCUCCGUAAUUUUGAAACAUUGAAUUUUUCAAUCUCUCUAUUCUGUCUCUCUACCUCGCUACCCGACUGCCUGUCUAUCUUUCCGCCCCUCUGCGCCUCAAUCUUUCUGUAUUUAUCUGUACAAAAUACAUAUUCUUCUGUUACUCUCGCCCUCUAAAAAACAAUCCCGGCAUAUAACGUCCCGUAACCGGCUUUCGUUCUAACUUGCGUGCACGCAACACACC